UAUUUGUCUAUGCUGCCAGGCAGAAAAUCAAAGCAUCUGGUGAGAAGGGCCCAAUUCUGCAGGUUCAGCUCCCGGAGCUGUCCAGAGCCGCCCGGCUGGGCACCUACGGCUUCCUCCUGUGGGGAGACCUGGCCCCAGCACACAGCUGCCUGCACAGAGGGAACUGGUGGCAGGUGACCCAGGGUGCAGACAGAGCCAGGGACCCUCACCCAGGUGGGGACUCACCCAGGGCCAGGGAGCUGCCAGACUGUGCCCGUGGCGCCAGCCCCAACGUGGCCUGUGAGUCAUGGGCUCUGGCGGAGGCUUUGAAGAGCUGUGGCCUGUCUCCAGCACCCAGGGCUGGCCGAGGCGGGUGAAGGGCCCGUGUGUCUCACGCCCUGGGGAGGACGCCUGGCUGAGGGGCGGUCUGCCGUGGGAGUUUCUGGUUCUGCACCUGGGCCAGAAGCAGGUGGCGAUGGAGGCGAGGGCGCAGGUGUGGCGUUCCCAGGGGCAGCCGGCCCAGGUGGAUUCUCCCACAGCUCCCUCGCCCUUGGGGCCAGCUCCCGACACAUCAGCUCAGGUCCCCUGCGCAGCCCGGCUCCUUGUGGAGCCCCCAGGCCCAUGGCCGGUCUGAAUGUGUCCCUCUGCUUCUUCUUCGCCACCUUCGCUCUCUGCCAGGCAGCCAGGAGGGUGUCCAAGGCUCUGCUCCCGGCGGGCGCCUAUGCCAGCUUCGCCCGGGAGGCGGCAGGUGCAGCUCAGUUGGGAGCCUGCUGCCUGGAGAUGCGGAUGCUGGUGGAGCUCGGGCCCUGGGCCGGGGGCUUUGGCCCGGACCUGCUGCUGACCCUGCUCCUCCUGCUUUUUCUGGUGCACGGGGCAACCUUCGACGGGGCCUCAGCCAACCCCGCCGUGUCACUGCAGGAGCUCCUUCUGGCCGAGGCCUCUCUGCUGGGCACGCUGCUGAAGCUGGCAGCCCAGGGUCUGGGCAUGCAAGCGGCCUGCAUCCUGACCCGGCUCUACUGGUCCUGGGAGCUCAAUGACCUGCACGUCCUCCAGAACCUCAUGGCUGAGCACUGCAGCUCGGCCCUGAGCACGACCGUCCCCCACGGCACGCUGGUGGAAGGCGCCUGCGCCUUCUUCUUCCACCUGACCCUCCUCCGCUUCCGGAACAGUCUUCCCAUCUACAGGGUGCCGGCCGUGGCCCUGCUGGUCACCGUCAUGGCCUACACAGCUGGGCCAUUCACGUCCGCCUUCUUCAACCCCGCCCUGGCCGCCUCCGUCACCUUCCACUGCUCUGGGCACACCUUGCUGGAGUACGCCCAGGUGUACUGGCUGGGCCCUCUGACAGGGAUGGUCCUGGCUGUCCUGCUGUAUCACGGUCACCUUCCUUGCCUUUUCCAGAGGAACCUGUUCUACAGUCAAAAGAGCAAGUAUCGAGUCCCCAGAGGGAAGCCAGCCCCAGGGCCUGGAGACACCCAGAUGCCCGCAGAGGGGUGCAGAGGCCGCGAGCCUGGGCGACGUGGGGUGGGGCAGCAGCCACGGAGCUCCAGCUGAGCCUACACUCUCCGUGUGAGCAUCACACGAGGGUGGGGUCCCCAGGCUGGACCUUGAAACCUCCCUGAGCUAAAGGAGGUACCAGACCCACGCCCCGUUCCCCCCUGGACGCCACGUUUCAAUAAACCAUUCCUAAGA